AUGACAUUGCUCCACAUCCAUUUCGCCCUCAGGAAUCAACAUGCUUUCCAGCGUCUGCUCGAGGGCGGCAGCGCUCGUGGUCAGCCUCCCACAGCCGCAGGUAUCAGCGGCAGCGGUGGGCGCUCAUGGACUCGCCCCAGUGCUCUGAGCAUGGCUAUGUCUCUUGACGUCAAUGCUCGUGACUGGCUAGGUCGUACCACCCUUCACCUUGCGUGCUCCGCCUCCGACCCAGCGUCCGUUGAAUACGUCCGUCUCCUGCUUGCACACCCAGCUAUCAAUGUCAAUGUUCAGGACACAGAGAGUCAGUGGACGGCGUUGCACAGAGCAUUGUAUCAUGGUAACAUAUCUGCUGCAAUCCUACUUUUACAGAGGGCCGACAUUGACACGGCGCUUACUGAUCUGGAAGGGUACCGUGCAUUUGAUUUGUAUAAUACGACUGUCGAAGCGACAAAGCCCGUGAUUCAUUCCGGCUCAGACGGGAACUCGUCAACUGUCCAAUUGUUUACAUGGGGGGCAAACAGAAAUGCUGCUUUAGGGCAUGGCGACAGCGGAGAUAGACAUAAUCCAGAGCACGUCUCACUGAGACGUCACCAUGAAGGGGAUCAUUAUGAUAAGGACUCUGUAUCAUUCGCGCUCGACCCACCCUCGGUAAGGCAAGUAGAAAUGUCUAGACUUCACACAGUUGUCGUGACGAACGAACCGAGGGCCAAUAUCCGCCUCUGCGGCUUUGCGAGUACUGGCCGACUUGGUCCUGGCGGCGGGCAACAUUCAAUCUAUUCCCUUUCCCCUAUGCCUCAGUUUCCUUACACCGUUGUAUCGGUUGCCUUGGGCCAAGACCACACGUUGGCUCUUAUAGAUACUGGGGCAGUGUUCAGUUGGGGCCUCAAUCGCUUCUCCCAGCUAGGUUACGUGAUCGAAACGAAUGGCAAUUCUCGUUUGGAUGAUCCUGUACAGGCAACUCCGAGGAUUAUAUCUGGACCUUUGAAACACGAAAAUGUCAUAGGUAUUGCAGCCUGUAAAACGGCGUCCGCAUGUUGGACGGACAAAUCCGUUUACACUUGGGGAAAGAACAAUGGCCAAUUAGGUUAUGAUAAAUCUUCUCAGCCUGUCCAGGUCCAGCCGCGCCUCGUCACAAGGGUCACCAAGCCAGUGAUAUCAAUCGUCAUGACGGACUCUGCUAUGGCCUGUCUGCUCAAGUCUCAAAAGUCACAAGAAGUCGUACUUCUGUUCAAUGAUGGUUAUACAAGGAUCAAUUUCCCGUCACAAACGUUUCCAUCCGAGAUCACGACGUACUAUCCCCCUCAGGCCAGGAACACCGCCGAUAUAGCGAAAAUAGUAUGCAACGACACGAUGUUUGCGGCCGUUUCGUCGAAUGGAGAGGUAUUUACCUUCACAGUGCCUACGGAACAGGAAAACGGUGCGUCAAAGGAAAAAUUGCUAGUCAGGCCUCAACGUGUGUGGGCUCUAAGAAAGCAGUGGAGUGCAGUUCGGGAUGUCGCUCUCGGAUCAGAUGGAUCUAUCAUCGUGUGCACCGAAUCCGGCCACGUCUUCGUUCGCUCCAGAAAUCUGAAAAGUGGACAAGGAUCUGCAGCGAAGACGUUCAAGUUCCAGCGCGUCAACUAUAUUCAGCGGGUCGUCGCUGUUGGUGCAAACGACACAGGCGCUAUGAAUGCGCUGCGCCACGAAUUUCGCCCUGAUUCAGUAUCCAUUUCUGGCAAUACCUUGCCGCAAGAUCUCGCCAAGAUUCGUCCAUAUCUGAAAUAUAGUCCGGUGACAGAACAUAAUGAAAAUGCCCUACCUGCUCCUGGAACUCAGCCAAGUACAACUGUUGAUACCGAGACGCUAGCAGUGCAUUUAGUCGAUCACAACGAUGACCCAGAGGACUGGGCAAUUUCUAGCGACAUCGCCGAACUUCGUCGCCUUUGGGAUGUGAUCUCACAGGACAAGCUGUGCCGACAGAAACAUGAUGGUCGUGGCCUCUUCGAUGUCGCUCCUCUUGCUCUGGGCGCAGAUAUCAUCAUUUGUGCCCGCAGAGGAAUCCAGCUUCCUGCCCAUCGCCUAGUUCUCUCUGCUCGCUGCCUUCCUCUGUCGGAUUUGCUGUCGAGAAAAGGGAGUCUCCACGACAAGGAAUCAGGAAUAUCCAUCACGGCAACGUCCGCCACGGCCCCCUCGGCUCCCUUUGCCCUCGCCUCCAAUCUCCCACGCCUUACAAUCUCAGGCUGUCAUGCGCUCUCUGUUCUUAUCCUUUUGCACUACUUCUACACUGAUGAGCUCCUCGCCAUCUGGGAUAAUCGUGUUUCUCAUGCGAUGGGGGCAUCACUUGUUGCUUCUGGACUACAGUCCGCACAGCUCACUCGCGAAUUGCAGGGCCUAUCACGAGCAUUGGGAUUAAACCUUGUCACUGAAGCCGCACGAGCAGCCUCCAAGCGCAGUCCAGAGCCUACGAUGUCUCGUCAUCUGAACAGGCUCUUUCUAGACAGUCAAAGCAUGGCUCAAAUAAGAGUCGUGGACGCAGUGCGAAGCCCGCUGGCAGGCGAUAUCGUCCUUGAGCUAGCCGAUCGCCAAGUAUUUUGUCAUUCCGCUGUGUUGCGCGCACGCACUUUGUUCUUUGAAUGCCUUUUCGACGACGAAGAUUGGACUUCUCGACGUUGGUCUGAGCAAGGUGUUGUUAACAUCAACCUGCGUCAUCUCAGCUGGCGGGCGAUGGACUAUGUCUUGCGUUUUGUCUAUGGUGGAGAGGAGCGAGAAAUGUUUGAGAAGCUUGAACCGGUUAAAUCCGUGGACAGUUUCUUGGAUCUAAUUUUCGACGUCAUGUCCGCAGCAAACGAGUUGCUUCUCGAUCGGUUACUUCUUGUCUGCUCAUCGGUCCUCUUGCAAUACGUCAACGUGAAUAAUGUCUGUAACAUUUUAGUCGAUGCCGCUUACCUGCAAUGCGCACCAUUGGUCAAAUGUCUACACCAGUACAUGGCCGUCAACAUGGAAGCUCUCCUCGAGAGCCGAAUGUUGGAUGACCUCGAUCCCCGUCUAAUCAGGGCCUUAUCUAUGUCAAUAUGCGACCAACAGAUCAGUAAAUCACCCGUCUCGCGCUCAGGCCGUCUUCUCAGCGAAGCGAUGAAUAAGAACACACAGUGGUUAGCCCUUCAGGAUAUCCCACGGCCCAUCGUCUGUUCUGCACAAAUCAAGGAUUCGCCUCGUCUAUCACCGAAACGGUCGCGUCGCUCGUUUGUCGAUCAAUUCGGAAGCCCGUCUAUUCGAGCUCAUGCCUCGUCCGCCCAGCCUAUUUCUGGGGACGACAUGUUCCAGAUGGACGAUGCUGAUGUGGUUCCUACUCUUAACUUAAAUGCCGGCAGCCCCUGGAAGUCCAAAAGCGCAGGCCCUAAAGUCGACAUGAAGGCCAUCUUGGCAGAAGCCCAAGGGACUAAGCUUGCUGAAGGCAGAGGAUCAAGGAACCUACGUUACACUAAUCCACCGGCCUCGGACGGACCCUCUACUCCUCAGCCAUGGGUUAUCAAGACAUCCUCGAAGGACAAUCUCAAGUCGUCUAUUCCAACUCCACCUGGGACUGGUAUCUCUGUGACUGAGCGCGCCAAUUCAUCCUGGCGCGUCACAGUUCCUACUUCGACCCCUAGCCUUGUCACAGCACUAAACGCCCAUCACCCGCCUUUGGACACACCGGUACAUACGCCCCCGAGUAUCAAAGGAGCGACCCCACCAAAUAAUUCUCGGACUGUACCACAAGGUGGCCCAGCACAACUUCCCUCUAAUCUACGUUCGGCGCUCCCAGAAUUCGGCCUUGGACCUGUCUUCACACCGUCCAGACAAAGCAUCCCAAACAAGAGCCCUGCAAUCUCACGCCAUAUCUCUGGCGGAAGCGCAUGGACCCUUCCUCCGGUCCAGCCUGUUGUCCGGCCUUCAAUCGCCGGUUCUGUCAUGUCUUUCGCGGCUAUACAACAGCUACAACACGAGCAAGGCGCCACCCCUGUGAAAGAUAAGCGUUCUCUGAAGGAGAUCCAAGAGGAGGAACAAGCACGUCGAGCCGAGGAGGAGUUUUUGAAGUGGUGGACGGCUGAAGAAGAGCGUGUGCGAAUGGAGUCGGAGGUAACAUCGGCUUCGACAAUUGCCCGGUCACCGAAGGGUCCCUCGAAGAAAUCUAAGUCAGAGGCGAAGUCAAAGACGAGCAAGAGCGUGGAUAGAGAAACGGAUAAACCUGGCAAGCGGGGAGGUCAAAAACAGUCUGAGCAAUCAGAUCGCAAGGCGUCUACGAGCAAUAAGAACACUAAGAAUGCAUGA